AAUUGAUUCACACACAUACACGCACAAACAAUAUGCAUUUUCAUGCUCACACUUUCACCUGUUCUACCUCUUAUCCCACCAAAUAUUACCUUACCAAGGCCGCUGUUUUCAAAACCCUAGCUUCUGCCAAGAAACCCCUCUAUGACUAUGGCACCGGAGUUUCUUUCCGGCAUACCGGCUCCCGAGGGUUUCCUUUGGGUUUGAAGCAAAUGAAUCGUCGAGGUCUAAUGAACUCAGCUUCAGAGGGACAAAGCACAAGCAACAGUGCUGAGAAAAAAAGAGAAGUUGUAGAACACAUAUGUUUGCUUAAAGCAAAGGUGGAUUUAUCUGAUGAGGAUGAAAAGGACAUGCUGGAUUUUCUCUAUACCUGCCAAUAUCAAAUGCGUGGCAUCCUCGCAAUCUCGUUAGGUCGUAUCUCGUAUCAAAAUCUUGAAAGUUAUACCCAUGCUGUCUUCAUGCGUUUUCAGAAGCGGGAAGACCUUGCAAAGUUCUAUGAGAACCCGUUCUACUUGGGAGUCUUAAAGGACCAUGUAACGCCUUACUGUCAUGAAUUCACUUAUGUUGAUUAUGAAUCUGAAGUAGAAGAUGAUAUUCUUCCCAUCUUUCGGAAAGGAGAGGAGUUUAACUUUGGUGUUGAAUUCCUACUUCUUAUCGCAUUUAAAGAGAGCUCGUUGGAGGAGGCGGCAGAUGAUGCACUGACAUCUUUCACAAAGUUGCUGAUGGAAUUUCCGUCACUAAUUGUCCAGGCUACCAAAGGGUUAAAUUUCAAUCCUGGCAGCAAAGACUACACUCAUGCUGUAGUAAUACGAUUUCGAUCAUGUGAGCCACUUUUUCAGCUCUAUGACUCGCAAACUAUUUACUUUUGCUUCUUUUCACAACUGACCACUCGUUCUUGGUCUUCCAUAGCCGAUGCCUAUGACAUUUUCAUGGGCAGUUCAGAAUACAAAGAGAUUUGGAGGUCUAAAUUUCAGCCUAUCACCGAGAAGAAACUGUCCAUUAGCUUUUCUGUAGAUCCUGUUGGAAAUGAGUUGAUGUAGCAAGCUUUGCUCAUUUUAGGAGCAGCUGCUGCUGGUGGUGGUGAUGAAGAAUUGGAAUUGGAACGGUGUUGUGGUUGGAAUCUUUGAUUGUUGCCUUCAAUUGUAACUCUGUGGCAACUGGAAACUGGGGCGGUUACUAGGAUCAGAACUGUGAUCGCCAGAAUCAGUGUUCCCAUGAAGAUGGUGAUGGAGCGACACAGAAUGGAAUUAGCUGUGUUUGUAGAGACUGAUGAGGAGAAGGGAGGAGUGUGAUGCCUUUAGAUAGGUUGAUAAGAGAGUGAGUUUCUUGGAAAAGACAAGAAUGCCCUCCUCAUGUGUAUUGCUCAUUACCUAAAUACCCCUGUAAUUGAUUCUUGUCUUAAAGGGUUUGAUUA